CAACGACAUGGGGUCGGCCAAGAUGGCGGGGCGAGCAGCAGUAAAAUUGCGAAGAUAAAUAAAAAUGUUGGGUUAAAGUACCAGGAACAUGACCUGAGAUAUAAGAAACCAUAACGUUCUUGUUGUUGGAAUUCCAAUUUUUGGAGUCUUAAAGCAAUGGAGAGUGAGGAUCUAUCGUUUGAGAAUAUGGACCCUUCAUUGAGUGAGCUCAGUGAGGGGCUGAAUUUUGGGGAUAUUGAUGAAAUGCUGCAGUUUGUCAAUGGCCAAGUUGGAGACUUUCCCGACCUAUUCGAUGAACAAUUCAGCAGUGGGCUGACAGGGUGUGACAAGGUUGAGCAAACUCCCAUCACCAUGCAGCAGCAACCAAUUCAAGUACAGCACCAACAGCAACAACUAACUCAACAAGCUGUUCAGCCGUCCACAUUGUCAAUACUGUCCCAGACUCCAUCUGCUUCCCAAAGAGCCACCCCAGCACUUCAGCCUCGUCCACCAGCACAGACACAACCACCGCAACAAACGUUCAUGAUAACUUCAAAUUUUACCUCAACCCCAACACAGACUCGUUUCAUUCAACAACCAGUGCUAACCUACCAGAACCAGGGUGGAUUUUCAGUUCUUCAACCUCAGAUACAGAACCUGGUCACUUCCCCGCAGGUCCAGCCAGUUGCAUUCCAGCAGCAGGUACAGGGUCUGGCUACUCACAGGAUGCUUACUUCAACCACCACUGUGGGCAACAUUCAGACACUGACCCCAGGCACUACCACUACUGUUCAAACACUCUCGCCACAAGUGCAGCAAGUACCUGUACUGGUGCAGCCACAACUCAUAAAGACUGACUCCUUGGUCCUAACAACUUUGAAAGCUGAUCGCAGUCCAGUCAUCGCAGCAGUGCAGAAUCCAACCAUCACAACACUGGCCACUCCAGUACAAACAGCUUUACAAGUCCCAACGUUGGUAAGCAGUAAUGGAACUAUCUUGACAACUGUGCCAAUGAUGGUUGGGCCUGAUAAGGUUCCAAUCAAGCAAAUUGUUGGGAAUGGAAAAGCCCCAGUGGAGGGGCUAAAGGAGGGAGAGAAGAGAACAACUCAUAAUAUCAUUGAGAAGCGAUAUCGAUCAUCCAUUAAUGAUAAGAUCAUAGAGCUCAAGGAUCUUGUGAUGGGAACAGAAGCUAAAGCGAACAAAUCUGGAGUGCUGAGAAAGGCCAUUGAUUACAUUAAAUACCUGCAGCAGACCAACCACAAGUUACGACAGGAGAACAUGGCAUUAAAAAUAGCUAAUCAGAAAAACAAGGGCUUAAAGGCACCAGAAAUUCCCAGCCUUUUAGACAUUGAUGUUGACCUAAAGACUGAUGACUUCAAAUCACAUUUAUUGAUAAUGUCGCCACCACCUUCAGAUUCAGGUUCCCCAGGCACUUUCUCACCUUGUUCCAUUGAUUCAGAGCCAGGAAGUCCUCUCCUUGAAGAAACAAUGGUAAAGGAAGAACCAUUGUCCCCCCCGACCAUUGGUAUGCUGGAUAGCUCUCGGAUUCUACUGUGCACCCUUACCUUUCUCUGUCUAUCCUUCAACCCACUUACAUCACUUUUUGAGCGUGUGGGAUACUCAACAACAGCUGAAGAUUCUGGGCACUAUGGUAGAAAUAUGCUUGGAAUUGAGUCUGGAGAUACAAAAGGAUGGUUUGAUUGGAUUCUGCCCACAUUAAUCCUCUGGCUGGUGAAUGGGGUCAUCGUACUGAGUGUAUUUGUUAAACUCUUCAUUUAUGGUGAACCAAUCACACGCCUCCAUUCUCAGUCCUCUGUCACGUUCUGGAGACAUCAGAAGCAAGCAGAUCUUGAUCUGUCCAGGGGUGCCUUCACAGCAGCUGCAGGAAACUUACAGACUUGUUUGUUAGCGCUGGGACGGGCACUACCUGCAUCACGGUUGGAUUUGGCUUGUAGCCUUUGCUGGAAUAUCAUUCGGCACAGUGUUCAGAAAGUGGUGUUUACACGUUGGCUCUUGAAGUGGACCAGGGGGUUCCGGCAGGAAGUGCAGCUCCAAGAAGAGGCCAAAAUGAGUGCACAUGAUGCUGCCUUAGUUUAUCAUAAAUUGCAUCAGUUGCAAUUAACAGAUAAGUUGGUGCAGAGUCCAGUGCGUGCCAUAAGCCUGGCUCUGUCUGCGGUUAACCUGGCAGAAUGUGCUGAGGAGAAAAUCCCCCAGACACUCAUGGCAGAAAUCUAUGUUACAGCUGCCAUUUGCUUUAAAACCAACUUUGGAGGCAGACUGACUUUUUUAUCGCGCUAUUUCCUGCGACGAGCCCAGCGAGUCUCUGAGCCUGGCACCCGGCACUGGCUUUUCCAUCCCUUGGGACGCCAGUUCUUUGUGGAAUGUGAUUGGUCACUUAAAUCUACGCCUAGAGAAAGUCUCUUCAGCUCUCUCCGAAAUCCAAUUGAUCCAGUAGCCCAGGUGAACCAGGCAUUUUGUGAAAAACUCCUUGAAAGAGCUGUAUGCUCUCUGCUUAAGCCAGAGACUGAGGAAGCUGGGGAGUUCUCUAAUGCCUUUGAGUACUUGCAGUUACUUAACACUUGUGCUGACACAAGAAGGAAUUUAACACAGGCAUUUGCCAUUGAUGCCAGUCUGAGAACGACCACAGGUCCAGAUCCUGUCAGUAAGUGGUGGACAGCUAUUGUUAUGUUUGCUAUACACUGGCUUCAGGGUGACGAUUUGAAAGCUAAAGGAUUGUCUACUGAAGUGGAACGAAUCCCCAAGUCUCUGCAGAUGUCUGAAAGCCCACUGCCAAAGGCAAUUCUUCACGUUUACAAGGCUAUGCAAGGGAGUCUGUUGGGGAAACGAGAGGCUCAUCAAGCAACACUUCUGCAUUGUGAAAGGGCCAGUGGGUACCUAUGGAACGCCCUGUCUGUCUCCUGCCAACAUCAGGAUACCACCCUGCACAAGGCUAUGCAGUUGUUGGUCUGUGACAUUUUGCUUUCAAUUCGUACAACCUUGUGGCAGAAGCAGGCAAGCUCCAGCCAGGUUGUGGGCGAGACAUACCAAGCUUCAAGCCUAGAACUGAAGGGAUUCCAACGAGACCUGAGCAGUCUCCGGAAACUUGGCCAGACAUUUAAACCGGCACAUCGUAAGAUGUUUUUGCAUGAGGCGACUGUACGAUUAAUGGCAGGCGCAAGCCCAACUCGAACUCACCAGCUUCUGGAACACAAUCUGAGGAGACGAACAUCACACCCCAUCCAACAAGGUGAAUUGGAUGCUCUUCCAGGCCAGAGAGAGCGAGCGACAGCCAUACUCCUGGCAUGCCGUCACCUUCCCCUCUCGUUUCUCUCCUCUCCCGGCCAGCGAGCAGUCAUGUUGGCUGAAGCUGCACGUACUCUGGAGAAACUUGGAGACAAGCGGUCUGUCAGUGAUUGCCAGCAGGUGAUCAUGAAACUGGGCAGUGGCACCACUAUCGCAGCAAGCUGAUACAUGGGAUGCCACACCCCAGCCUGCAGUAAAUGUUUUCUACCCUCUGAUCAAAUCGCACUGUCAUGCCGUUAAACAACCAGCACAUGUUUCUGAGCCGCAAUGAUUUUCUUCUGAUGAAUUGCAGUUUGGCAGAUUCAGUACAAAAGAUAUUGUCAUGUUCUGUCUUGUAACCAAGAUCACAGUAUGCUUUUCAUAGAUUGCUAACAUCGAUAGAGUAAUCCAGUUUCAUCUUUCACAUGACCCCAUCCCCUCUCUCCUGUUGUCUCUAUUUCUCUCUCUAAUAUGGAUACACUACUGCAGAUGACCAUUCAGUUCCAUUUGUCAAAGCUGCGGUUCUCAAUCUGAGGGUAUCAAAAUUUCCAUUUGCUCAAUAUUUUAAAUAAUUUAUUAAACUUUUACGGCCUCAUACUUUGCUCUUGAACUAUGUUAAGUCUUAGGAAUGUAAUUUAUCAUGCAAGUGUUUGGGACAGUCAUUUUCUUAUAGAUUUCAUAUAUAUGUAAGUUACAAGAAUUUUGUUUUCAAAAAUCAGAAGCCCAUAAAAGCUAAAAAUCCUUGUCCCUUUUUUUUUUUCAAUCCGCUCUACCUAAUUUGUUUCUCUCAGAAUAAUCUCAAUACUUUGUUCAGAGAUGAUUCGGAGAUGCCGGUGUUGGACUGGGGUGUGCAAAGUUAAAAAUCACACAACACCAGGUUAUAGU